AUGCGACAAGCGAAAAGGUACCAACAGCUGGACCCGGAAGCCAGAGCCAAGCUCAAGGCAUUCCGAUCCGACACUGAGUCCUCCCGAUCCUUCGUGAGGAAUCACGGAACUAGGAGUGCAGUUGAUGUCUGUACAGAUUACCUCCAGGCUAUCUAUCUGGCUGCCCGAGAGCAGAUCAACAACCUAUGGGUUCCAGAUGUCGUCAGAAAAGCCCCUAAGAGGUUCAUCUUGACUAUCCCGGCUAUUUGGACCGAUCCAGCGAAGAAUGCCACAAAGCAGUUCGGUUCGGCCGGGAAUCACUACAUCAUCUGCGAUGCUGGUGGUGGCACAGUGGACCUGAUCACCUACUGCGUCAAGAGAAACGAGCCUUUGGAAUUAGUUGAAAGUAUCCCUGGGACUGGGGAGGCCUGUGGAUCGAUCCUCCUAAACUGUGCAUUUGAAGACUUCCUAAAGGUAAGAUUGGGGAGGUACUAUACUGGCCGCAGGACUGAAACGCUGGAGAAGUGGCUGCGCAAUGCGCGCCGGCGUUUCGAUGUCGAGAUCAAACAACAGUUUACCAGGAGUCCGGACGAUAGGUGGGAAAUUUAUCUUCGACCGCAGUUGUACAGGGCCCGAAUCCACGGCACGGAGGAAACCUGUCUGAUCAUUACUGGACGUGACGUUACUCGGAUGUCCGACCCCACUAUCACUAGGGUGCUCAGUCUCAUCAGUGACCAGGUCACAACUCUCAUCAACCGGAGUUGUCACUGUCCUGAAUUGGGAAUUGUGAUGGUUGGUGGAUUUGGCCAAAAUGACUACCUAUACAAGCGAGUGAAGCACAAGUUUGAGCAUCUAGCUACAGUUACGCGGCCCCCUGACGCUUGGGCAUCGAGAACCUUAGGAGCUCCAUGCUGGGGAAUGAACCAUGAGACCGUUACGGCGAGAAAGCUACCACGUUGUUACGGCCAACAGGUCUAUGUGAAAUACAAUCCCGAUUGUGGAUACCCAAGCUCCCUCGGACUAAAAUAUUAUCUGAGUCAGGAUACGGAAGUGUCCGUUGACCAACCUUGGGAAUUCCUGUUGGUAGCUUAUUGUGACCCAUCGAUGGACGCAAAGUUGACAAUAUCUCUCUUGGCGUGGAGCCCUUCACGCGAAGGGGAGAGCCCACCAAAUGUUCGCACUAAAGAUGGAAAAGGUUCCUACCAAAAGCUAGAUUUUACGAUGCAGCUGCUGUUUGGGAGUGAGAUUGUUUUCCGAGCUGAAUUUGAGGGUGAUCGGGAUAACGCGGGGACUGCGGACUUGGAGAAGGGUCUGACGGUAUUAGGGAAGGUGGUGACACAGAAGGACGCCUGGAACGUCCCUUUCGCGGCUCCAUCUGUCGCGCCAAUCUCGGUACCACGAAAUUCAUCCAACAGACGCAGCAUAUCAGCAGAACGGCACCUGCUAUGCCAAGCCCUAUUCCCAGUGACUCUGCUGCAUUGA